AUGAGAAAGCAAGGAGAAGGAGGCAAGGAGAAGGCAAGGAGAAGGCAAGGAGAAGUCAAGGAGAAGUCAAGGAGAAGUCAAGGAGAAGUCAAGGAGAAGUCAAGGAGAAGUCAAGGAGAAGUCAAGGAGAAGUCAAGGAGAAGUCAAGGAGAAGUCAAGGAGAAGUCAAGGAGAAGUCAAGGAGAAGUCAAGGAGAAGUCAAGGAGAAGUCAAGGAGAAGUCAAGGAGAAGUCAAGGAGAAGUCAAGGAGAAGUCAAGGAGAAGUCAAGGAGAAGUCAAGGAGAAGUCAAGGAGAAGUCAAGGAGAAGUCAAGGAGAAGUCAAGGAGAAGUCAAGGAGAAGUCAAGGAGAAGUCAAGGAGAAGUCAAGGAGAAGUCAAGGAGAAGUCAAGGAGAAGUCAAGGAGAAGUCAAGGAGAAGUCAAGGAGAAGUCAAGGAGAAGUCAAGGAGAAGUCAAGGAGAAGUCAAGGAGAAGUCAAGGAGAAGUCAAGGAGAAGUCAAGGAGAAGUCAAGGAGAAGUCAAGGAGAAGUCAAGGAGAAGUCAAGGAGAAGUCAAGGAGAAGUCAAGGAGAAGUCAAGGAGAAGUCAAGGAGAAGUCAAGGAGAAGUCAAGGAGAAGUCAAGGAGAAGUCAAGGAGAAGAGGCAGCCGCGGCUCUGUGGGACAAUACAGUGAGGGCAGCCGGUCACUGUCAGUAGACAUAGAGUUGCUGAGUCACGAGCUGAGAGAACUGAAAGACUUCAUAGGUGUCCAGUACGAAAGGUUAUUCAUAGCAGCGAAGCAGCGACACAUAGAAGACCUUCCCAAAGCUCUCCAAUUAGCUGAAGAGAAAGAACAGUUUUUGGAAAGGCUUGAGAAUCCUGACCUAAUUGCUCUGUUGAAACAAACUUUUAAAAGAGCUGAAAGGGGUUCCUUCGCUCCACGCCAAUUUCAAAAACGAACCGAUUAUCUAGAAAUACUAAAAGCUGACAGUGCUAAAUUUGAAAGGUAUUUGAGCGAAAUUGGUGAAGCAGUUGCGAGCAUAGAUGGCGUUAUAAACGAACUAGGAGAAGAAACGCCAGAAGAGCUAAUUAAGUACAAAGAAAUUCUUGAGGAAAGGGCGCAAAAACUUAACUCUGUGAAUAACUUAUUAAUGAGGUAUUUAAUCCAGGAAUCUUGCUUGGAUAGUUACAUAGCUGAAUUAGACCUUGCGCGCGCUUAUGCGUUUGUGAAGGAACAGAGUGAUCACAUUGCGAAGCUAUUGGAGUACGUCGACCUGCAACGAAAGCAUAUGGAUCCUGAGAGCCCAGCGUUUGGUGAAUGGUCAGGCAUUGACACGGAAAAGGAACCUCUCGAUAAUAAAGUAGAAGAACGCUUAAAGACCGUAGGCGAAUUGGAAACUCAGUACGGUAAUCAAGAGGAAGACGAAAAGGAUACAAACUUAGUACGGCUUAUGAGAAAGAAUAUGGAAGAACUUCUUCGCAAACAAUCUGUAUACAUACAAAAGCUUAGAAACUGCAUCGAGGCUCAGGCCCCAUAUGUGUACGAAGAUGAUGAAAUUCCAGAUACCACUGAGAUCGCUGCAGAGGGUACCUACAUUUCAAAAUACGUUGAAGAAUGGCUUAUGUUCAAUCGAAUGGAAUCAAAUAAUCCAUCAAAAGAAGAAGGUGAACUUGAACUACUAAAGUGCCUAAAAGAAGAGCUCGAGGGAUUUAUUGAGGACCUGAAAAGUGAACUAGAAGAAAUGGAAGAAGAAACACCGGAAGAGGAAGAAAGUAGGGAAGGUCUUGUGGAAUGGCUGACAAAUAACGAAAGUAAAAAGGAAUAUUUAGAGAAAAUGGUUCAAGAAUUGUCUGAUGAACUAAAUACGCUCGACAAAAACAUACAGGUUGUGGAAAGAAGAGCCAUAUAUGGCGAUAAGAAAGCUCUUGGUCCGAAGAAAAGCAGACGGAUGCCCAAAAUGUCUGAACUGGGGAGUGUGGAGUCUCUGGACAUGCCUGACACAGUGGCAGAACUGAAGGACUUCUGCAAAGAUCUAGUUCAGAAGUACAAUUGUCUGUUUAAAGUAUACACGAUGCGAAUGAAUUUGAAUGAUGAGAAGAGGCGACAAGAGCAACUGCGAGAGAAAAUAGACAAAGUUAUAGACUCAAAACAUGCACGAAAGCGAGGCAUAACUCCAAGACUCCACACAGCCACCAAGGCAGCAGCAACCUUAGCAGCUCAGCUCCCUGACCUGUUGCUAAUUCAGCAGCAGCAGUUCCAGCAGCAGUCUCAAUUUGAGUGGCGAGGCCUGCUAGCAUUCGAUCGACCCCAGCCAACAGCAUCAUUGAAACUGCAGUCGAUGUUACUGUUACUGCAUAGCAAGCAUGGUGAGCGUUGGACGCCGCACCAGUCCCUUCUGGAAGUAUGCCGGUUCCACAGUCAAGGCUGCAACAGUAGUGGUGCUACAUCAGCAUGGGCUGGUGGUCAGCAUUUCGACAGCUUGGGCUGUGGCACUGGAGGCAGUCACCAAAUUGAAGGCCCAGACCACAGAGAGAGUGGUGUUAUGAUGGCAGUGCGAGGUGGUCGUCAUUGCCAAUGUAACAGCCUGAACUGUAGCAAUGGGAGCGUUGACCAGCGAGAAGGAUUGGGCAUCGGAGAGGGUGGUGUUGCAGCAGCAGUACAAUAUGGUGGUGGUGGUGGUGGUGGUGGUUUUGGUGAUUGA